GUUAAUGAGCAUACUUUCGUUUAAAAUGUAACAACAAUUUGUAACGCCUGCUACGGUUUUGAUGCAAUGUGUAAUGAAACUGUCCUCCGAUCAGCUGUGAAGUUAUGUGAAAGCGUGGAACGGGGAACAAGGAAAUAGCCCGUGCCGGGGGCGAACGCGCCAUUCGGUCUUUCAUGUUAAACUUUACACAAGACCAAAACAAAAACAUUUAAGACAUUUAGCAAAACACGGAGUAUUGCACUUACUAAAGAUGGAUGCCAUCUCGUGAUAAACAAAUACGUUGUGCUUUGGACCCUUUCAUCAAUGUGUUAUCUGUUGUUUCACUCAAACGCGGUGUGUUUCAAACAAAGUGUCAGCACUCGGUUUUUUCAACUCACGUAUAGCUGCAUUUUUAAACGACAGCGGGUUUACACGCACAAAUAACUUUUGUUUGGCUCAAUGGAUCGCCUUAGAGAGAUUGUGGCGAGUAAUGAAGACUGGAUGUCGUGUUUGCCAGAGAAACUGUGGGAUGUCUCUUUGACAAAUCUCUCAAUACCAGGUAGCCAUGAUGCAAUGAGCUACUGUCUGGAUAUCACCUCUCCAUUGAUAAGGUCAGAGUCAGAUACCUUCAGGUUACUGGACAGAGUUUGCUGUUGUUUCACCCGGCCAGCUAUUUACAAAUGGGCAACUACUCAGGUCCAAAACAUUGUGGAGCAACUUGGAGCAGGCAUUCGAUACUUUGAUCUCCGAAUUGCCCACAAACAGUAUGAUUCAUCCAAUGAGCUUUACUUCACUCAUGUGAUAUACACACAUGCAACUGUUGUUGAAACUCUACAGAUAGUUGCUUCGUGGCUCGAGUCUCAUCCUAAAGAAAUUGUCAUCCUGGCCUGUAGUCAUUUUGAAGGGCUGGAUCAUAAAGUUCACGAGGACCUUAUCUACUCCCUGAAGAAAAUCUUUGGGAGUAAGCUGUGCCCUCGAAAUGAGUCAGUUUUAACCUUGCGCAGCCUAUGGACAUCAGGCUAUCAAGUUGUUCUGUCAUACGAGGACCAAUCUGCAGCGCGGCAUAAAGAGCUGUGGCCUGCUAUCCCAUACCUUUGGGCCAACAAGCCUAACGGCGAAGAGCUGAUCCAAUACCUUGAAUGGCAGAAACAACGCGGUCGACCUGAGGGGUUCUUCGUGGCCGGCCUUAAUUUGACAACGGAGAGAUGUUUUAUUGCCUCACACCCUCUGGUGUCUCUCCAGACUCUGACUAUGGAAAACUGGGAUUGUGUAAGGAAAUGGCUAGAGGAUCAGAAACCAGGAGCUGAAUCCACAAGUUUAAACAUCAUAGCGGGUGACUUCAUUGGACCUGUACCAUUCUGCUCACUUGUUAUCGCCCUAAACAAAAAACUGCUUUAAUGAAGGAACUGGUUAAGCAAAAAGCUUUAGAUGAAAGGUAUUUUAGGUACAGGUUAAGAAAUUGUAUGGGUCACAAACAAUCAAUGCAGAGAAUUUAUUAAAACUGCACCUUUUCUCGGUUACUAAAUAUGUGAAAAAGCUGUUUACACCUAUCAGACAAAAAUGCUCCCUAGCUUUUACUGGGGUGGUACCCUUUAAAAAAAGUCCUAAUAUGUAGCAUUUAGGUAUAGAUUUUGUACAAAUAUGUACUUUUGAGGUACUGUUAUGAACUAUUUGGGUACAAAGGUGUACUUUUUA